AUGGGUAGUAUUACACUAAGCAUAUUUACUAUCAUUUUUAGUGUGAAGUUCAUAUUUGGAAAUUUAGGAAAUAUAUUUAUAAUCCUGGUGAACUGCAGGGACCUGAUCAACAGAAGAAAGAUCUCUUUAGCUGAUCACCUGCUCACUGCUUUGGCAAUCUCCAGGGUUGGUCUGCUCUGGGUAUUAUUCAUAAAUUGGUGGAAGGACAUGUUUUAUUCCAAUUUCUGGAUGAAUUUAAUAAUGGUAAGAACAAUGUAUAUUAUUUGGAUUGUGACUUGUCAUUUUAGCAUGUGGCUUGCCACAUGCCUCAGCAUCUUUUAUUGCCUCAAGGUAGCCAAUUUUUCCAACUCUAUUUUUCUUUAUUUUAAGUGGAGAGUCAAAAAGGUUAUUUCAGUGACAUUAUUGGUGUCUCUUGUUGUCUUGCUUUUACACCUUUCGCAGUCAAAUACACAUAUGAAUGUCUUGAUUGAUGAGUAUAAAAGAAACAUGUCUUACAACUCCAGCUUACAGAACUUUUCUGAGUUUUCAAAACUUGUCUUACUCAGCAACACUAUGUUCACAUUCAUAGCCUUUGUGCUGUCUCUGAUGACUUUCCUCCUGCUCAUCUUCUCCCUGUGGAAACAUCUGAAGAAGAUGCAGCACAAUGACAGUGGGUUCAGAGAUGUGAGCACCACAGCCCAUGUAAAGGCCUUACAGGCUGUGGUGGCCUUUCUCCUCCUGUACACAGUUUUCUUUCUGUCACUUUUUAUACAACUUUGUAGAAUUAAGUUUCCAAAUAUUCUCUAUUUUUACUUUUUUCAGACUGGUGAAAUUGCCUUUCCAUCAGUCCACUCACUUGUCCUAAUCCUGGGGAAUAAUAAGUUAAAACAGGCCUGUCUUCCAGUGUUGAGGUGGCUGAGGUGUGGGCGCAAAGAUGAAUCCUCACAUUCAUAA